AGCGGCGGCGGCCUGGGCCCGGGCGCGGCGGCGGCGGCGGCGGCGGCGGCGGCGGCGGCGGCGGGGCCUGGAGCCGGAUCUAAGAUGGCAGCGGCGGCGGCGGCGGCGGGGCCGGGCGCGGGCGGCGCAGGGGCGGCGGUCCCGGGCAGCGCGGGGCCCUGCGCGGCCGUGUCCGUGUUCCCCGGCGCCCGCCUCCUCACCAUCGGCGACGCGAACGGCGAGAUCCAGCGGCACGCGGAGCAGCAGGCGCUGCGCCUCGAGGUGCGCGCCGGCCCGGACGCGGCGGGCAUCGCCCUCUACAGCCAUGAAGAUGUGUGCGUCUUUAAGUGCUCGGUGUCCCGAGAGACAGAGUGCAGCCGUGUGGGCAAGCAGUCCUUCAUCAUCACCCUGGGCUGCAACAGUGUCCUCAUCCAGUUCGCCACACCAAAUGAUUUCUGUUCCUUCUAUAAUAUCCUGAAAACCUGUCGGGGACACACCCUGGAGCGGUCGGUGUUCAGCGAGCGCACAGAGGAGUCCUCUGCCGUGCAGUAUUUCCAGUUUUAUGGCUACCUGUCCCAGCAGCAGAACAUGAUGCAGGACUACGUGCGGACGGGCACCUACCAGCGUGCAAUCCUGCAGAACCACACAGACUUCAAGGACAAGAUUGUUCUGGACGUUGGCUGCGGCUCUGGGAUCCUCUCCUUUUUCGCUGCCCAAGCUGGAGCGAGGAAGAUCUAUGCGGUGGAGGCCAGCACGAUGGCCCAGCACGCCGAGGUCUUGGUGAAGAGUAACAACCUCACUGAGCGCAUCGUGGUCAUCCCCGGGAAGGUGGAGGAAGUCUCGCUCCCUGAGCAGGUGGACAUCAUCAUUUCCGAGCCUAUGGGCUACAUGCUCUUCAACGAGCGCAUGCUCGAGAGCUACCUCCACGCCAAGAAGUACCUGAGGCCCGGGGGAAACAUGUUCCCCACCAUUGGUGACGUCCAUCUUGCACCCUUCACGGAUGAACAGCUCUACAUGGAGCAGUUCACCAAGGCCAACUUCUGGUACCAGCCAUCCUUCCAUGGAGUGGACCUGUCAGCCCUCCGAGGCGCUGCGGUGGACGAGUAUUUCCGGCAGCCUGUGGUGGACACAUUUGACAUCCGGAUCCUGAUGGCCAAGUCUGUCAAGUACACAGUGAACUUCUUAGAAGCCAAAGAAGGAGAUUUGCACAGGAUAGAAAUCCCAUUCAAAUUCCACAUGCUGCAUUCCGGGCUCGUUCACGGUCUGGCUUUCUGGUUCGAUGUCGCCUUCAUCGGCUCCAUAAUGACAGUGUGGCUCUCCACGGCCCCGACGGAGCCCCUGACCCACUGGUACCAGGUCCGGUGCCUGUUCCAGUCACCACUGUUCGCCAAGGCCGGGGACACGCUCUCAGGGACAUGUCUGCUUAUUGCCAACAAAAGACAGAGCUAUGACAUCAGUAUUGUGGCCCAGGUAGACCAGACAGGCUCCAAAUCCAGUAACCUCCUGGAUCUGAAAAACCCCUUCUUCAGAUACACCGGCACGACGCCCUCGCCCCCACCCGGCUCCCACUACACGUCCCCCUCCGAGAACAUGUGGAACACGGGCAGCACCUACAACCUCAGCAGCGGGAUGGCCGUGGCGGGGAUGCCGACCGCCUACGACCUGAGCAGUGUUAUCGCCGGCGGCUCCAGCGUGGGCCACAACAACCUGAUUCCUUUAGCCAACACGGGGAUUGUCAAUCACACCCACUCCCGGAUGGGCUCCAUAAUGAGCACGGGGAUUGUCCAAGGGUCCUCCGGCGCCCAGGGCAGCAGCGGCGGCGGCUCCAGCGCCCACUACGCAGUCAACAGCCAGUUCACCAUGGGCGGCCCUGCCAUCUCCAUGGCCUCCCCCAUGUCCAUCCCGACCAACACCAUGCACUAUGGGAGCUAGGCCCCGCCGGCGUGGAACAGACUGACAGCACCAGGAAACCAAAUGAAGACCCUGCCCACCCCCCCCUGCCUGGGCGGCUUUCACCCCUGUACCGGAGAAGCCCAAACACCCGGUCACGGCCCUCUUUGCUAUGGGAACUUGGACACUUUUUUACACAACAUUGCCGCCGCCGCCCCCACUCCACCGCCCACCCACAUCUUGGCCCUGAGCGUGUGUCGCUGCCAUAUUUUACACAAGAUCAUGUCGUGGGAGCCCUGUUUCCCCCUCCUGCCCUCCACCCUGACCUGGGUUUGACAUCUUCUAUAACAGGCGUGUCCGGGCCUGACAGCUGUGGGCCUGGCGGGGAGUUGGGGGGGAUGGGGGGAGCAGCUGCCACCCCACCCGGUCCCUUGGCGCCUGUCCCCCCCUUUGCCUGUCUCCAAUGGGAAGGCAGUCCUGACUGGGCGGGGCCUCCCCUUCAACUACCAGGCCUUGGUCACAAUGGGCGUGACAUGCUGCUUUUUUUAAUUUUAUUUUUUUACGAGAAGAACCAGUGUCAAUCCACAGACCCUCUGAGAAACCAGGCCGGCCGGGCCGAGCCAGCAGCCCCUCUCCCCAACUCAGAGGCUCAGUGGUGAGGGGCAGCCCUGCCGAGUCUUCGGGACAGGGGUGGGGCCAGGCCUCUGGAGACCCGAGGCCCCCGCCCACCAAAGGGUUCACCUCACACUUGAAUGUACAACCCACCCCGGCUGUCGGGAAGGCCCUCCGUCCUCGGCCCCUGCCUCUUGCUGCUGUCCUGUCCCUGAGCCCCUGCAGGUCCCCUCCCCCACCCCUGCCAAGAGUUCGAACAGGUGGCCCCGUGGGCCCCGGGCCUGGAGGGAAGGGUCACUGUCAGCCGCUCGGGGCAGACACGAGAAACCUCAAGGAUCGAUCGUGGAAGGCGUCCUUUUUCCUUGUAGCUCACAUUAGGCCUGUGUGUUUCCCUCAAUAUUUGUAGACGCUCCAGUCCCUAAUACUAUGAUGGCAUUUCGGUCCCUCCCCAGCCUGGGAAGGGGCCUUGCAGGGACCUCCGCCCCCUCCCCCCCAAAACAAAACAAAUAAACAAGGAAAUGUAUGUUUCA